CGAAGUAGGCAGGCGCCCCUCACUUUAUUUAAAACAAAACAAAACAAGUGGUUGGACAGGUAGGGGAGGGAAGUGAUCCAAGUUUACUGGCAAGUCCAAAUCCAGAGACCCCCUCUCCCGCACCUCCUCUGGCAUUCUUUCUACUCCGCCAGCGCGACUCCGAGGGGCGCCACCACCACCCCAUCUCCCUAGCAGCGGAUCGCCCAGCCCUCUUCCCGCUCCCCUGGGCGCGGGGGGCCCCCCAGCUCUGAGUGCUCCUUCCAACAGCUCUGAGGGCCCAGAUGCCCCGCCCACGUCGGGCCUGGGCUCCGCCCCUCUGUCCCGAAAGGCCUCUACUCUAGGCCUUUCGGUUUGCGCGGGCCGGCCCGCUGCGGGGAGGGGCGGGAGCUCUGGCGGCCGCUCACGAUGGAGAAGCUGGAGCAAGGCCUGUUGAUGCAGCCAUGGGCCUGGCUACAACUUGAUGAGAACUCUCUCUUGGCCAAGGUGUAUAUCACCAAGCAGGGGUAUGCCUUGCUGGUUUCAGAUCUUCAGCAGGUGUGGCAUGAACAGGUGGAUGCUCGUGUGGUCAGCCAGCGAGCCAAGGAGCUGAACAAGCGCCUGACUGCCCCCCCUGCGGCUUUCCUUUGUCAUUUGGAUGAUCUGCUUCGCCCGUUGUUGAAGGACACAGCUUGCCCCAGCAAAGCUACCUUUGUCUGUGAUCAUGUGGCCGAGGCACUGAUCCUGCGCGUGCGGAGUGAGCUCUCUGGUCUCCCCUUUUAUUGGAAUUUCCACUGCACCCUAGCCAGCCCUUCCGUGGUCUCCCAGCAUUUGAUUCGUCCUCUCAUGGGCAUGAGCCUGGCCUUGCAGUGCCAAGUGAGGGAGCUAGCAACUGUGCUUCAUAUGAAAGAUCUAGAGAUCCAGGACUACCAGGAGAGUGGGGCUGUGCUGAGCCGAGAUCGGUUGAAGACAGAGCCAUUUGAAGAAAAUUCCUUCUUGGAACAAUUUAUGGUAGAGACACCGGAUAGUGGGGGCUCCUCCAGCCAUCUUAGAGGAUCAAGCUGGGUUUCGAAGCAGCCAGAGUCUGUAUAUGGCAGUCACCAGACAAGAGAUCCAAGGGAGACAGAAGCAUCAGGGCACUGGAGAUCCUCAGCCCUCAAGCAGUGCCUCCCCACAAGGGACCGAAAACCAACUUCUGAACCAGCCGGAAGAACCAGCACCGUCCCUCCCAGUGCCUGAGAAAGAACCCCCAGGUACUUCAGGCCCUGUGCACAGACCUCAGCUGUCAAAGGUCAAGAGGAAGAAGCUAAGGGGGCUCUUCAGUUAACCUGUCCCUGUCCCGACUGCGGAGAAUGGGCUUGGAGAAUAGUUUCCUCGUGUCACCUCGAGAGGAGCUCCUGUAGCAACAGUAUCCCCAGUGCGGGGUUACAUAGUCAGAGGCCCCACAGCAAGGCUGAAGUAACAGAAAUUCACGCGGACAGGCGUGGGUACUGUUAACCCAGGGAAUCUGGGCUCCCAUCCGCUGGGCAUUGGCCUUCCCUAGCCGAGUGGAAGCCAGCUUCUGAGAAUCCCAUACCUUCCUCUCUUUUGUUGGAGGUUCCCCAGACCCAGGAUCCUACCAUGGACUUUAUGUGCAGAGGACAAGUCAGCAAAAAAGGCACAACGUGCUCAGGAAGCCUUGUCCAUCUUUCUCAAGAGUCCGUAGCUCCUCAGAGACCCACUUCUCUCUCAAGCCUGGAAUAAAAAGCACUCACACUCCCCUG